AUGGCAGACGAGUCACCACCAUCGGUCCCCCCAGGGAGAGCCCUCGGUGCGCCCACCUCACACUUCUACCCCUUCGCUACCUCCCCGGACGUCAUCCGCUCUCACGAAAAGGAUGUCUUCAUGACCGGGAGCCUGGUCCAGCAAGCCCAAGGUAUCAUUCGCUCCUUGCGCGGCGCCCGCUUCGCACAUACCCACGCCGAAUCCAUCAAGCAUCUCACAGAGAUCCUCUACUUCUCACUCACGACAGCCAUUGGCAACCGCACGCUCGGCGAGGAGUACUGCGACCUGAUCCAAUUGGAAGACGAGACACUACGACUUCCCUCGAUUACGCGGCGAGUCGGUUACAUCCUGAGCAGCAUCCUAGUGCCAUGGACACUACAACGGUUCCUACCGAAGCUACGACAGCGCCUGCGCGCUAAGCUCGAGCGCAGCAUCGCGCGACAGCAGAUCCGCGCCGCGCAGCAAAAGUCAUCACCGACAACCCCGCAACCAUUCUUCUCCAAGCUGCGCAUACAACAAUAUAUCCUCGAACAUCUGGACUCAAUCACAUCCCUGUCCCCGAUCUAUGCCCUCAGCAUCGCAACCUUCUACUUCACAGGCUCAUACUACCACCUCUCCAAGCGGCUCUGGAACCUCCGGUACGUCUUCACCAAGAAAAUCGAAGAUGAAGAGCAGCGCGUCGGCUAUGAAGUGCUCGGCGUGCUUCUCGUGCUCCAAAUCGCCGUGCAAGGCUUCCUACACGUCCGCAAGUUGGCCUCGAGCGCCGGCGACGACCAGAGCGCCACAGCGGACGCCGCCGAGUCCCGCUCCGAAGCGGGCGCGUUGGUGAAGUCCAUCCAGAACCCCGUCUCCAUGCCCCUUUUGCCGGCGUCGACACCGAACUACGAUCUUGCUGAGGACCCCGGCGCCGUCUCUUGGAUUCCUGAUGGCCAGCAGCGCAAGUGCACGCUGUGUUUGGAGGCUUUCAAGGAUCCUAGCGUCACUACAUGCGGGCAUGUCUUUUGCUGGGGAAGUCAACGCAGGGGCUUCAGGUGUCGGGGGAUGGGAGUGCUUGGUUUGCAGGAAGAUCUUCUGCAUUCCCUGAUCACGCCGUUCGAAGGCUGCAUAAGCCUUUUCAACAUCUUCGAGGCGAAUUCGGUGAGUGACCAUAUCGAGAGGAUUAAUUUUCUUUUUUUGGAUGAGAUCCAUGAGCUGGUGCCAGUACUUGUGCACUGGAGCUUGGCCAUUGCCAAUAAGUCGCACACCGGUCUGCAUCAGGGCCCCAAUGUUGAAGUGAUUGGUCUGCCACAGGCCGGUUAG